GAUUUAUCCUACAUUGCUCAUGCAAAUAUUAGCCCUCUAAAUCCUAAUAUCGUAAUGAAUAUUCUUUAAACUGUUUUCUAUCAUAAAUUUCUUAUGGUGCUGACACGUAGAAUUUGUUUAGCAGUUAAGAGCUUCUUUAGUUUGCAAUCAUUUCCAGGGUUCUUGCUAAGUUUUUUUUAGGAGGUGAAAAAUAAGAAAUAGCAGGUAACUUUGUUACUUUCUCUCCAUGCUGGGGGUGUGUGGGCUGCAUAGGCCCCCAUCAGAGUCUAAGGGAAGGUUUUCCACGGAAGUGUGGACACCAUGUUGUCAAGCAUGAUGCCUCCCAAUAAAUGCUGGGCCUUUUCGUUUGGCCGCGAGAAGAAUGGAAAGGAAACAUGGCUAAGUCAUUUCAUGAGAUGACUGCCAGGGAUGAAUUUGGACAAAUCAACAUUCUUGUGCAGACCCAAACAACCAUUGUGAAAUGAUUUUACAGUACAUGUGUGGGGAUAAUGUACGCGAUGGAAUCACUACACAAACCAUUCCAGACAAUCCCGCAUUGUGCCAGAGUUAUGACUGUAACAAUGAUGUUAGAUUUGGGAUGCAUGAGGACUAUGAUUACUACAUGGAUUGUAAAUACAGGAACAGAAACAAAGGGCUUUUUACUGCUGAUCAGAAGCUCAAAAGAUUAUCUGCCACUGCAACCAGGCAAAACCCUGGGGGAACAAGGCGUGGCUAUGAAUGUCCAGAAGAGAGGGACUACUACCCUUACUGGCACCCCACCCCUUGGAAGGACAUUGCUGUGUUAACCAAUGACAUUUCAAGAUGUAAAUUGUACCAGUCAGAAAGCCAGAACGUGAAAGAUCGCUAUGCUUGUGUAUUACCCAAAGAAUACCUGAAAGCCAAGAGAUGGAGGAAUUACAGAAUACCAAACAACGAAGAGGAAUGCAAGGCAAUGAAUGCAACGUGGAAGAGGUUCCCGUCAUAUGGCCUCGAUCCUCCCGAGUGCCGCGAAUCCGCCUGGUCACGUGACAAUCACCUUGGCAACGGAAUGGGUGGUUACGCCAAUAACUAUAACUGGACUUUACCCAACUUGAAUCACGAAAAUUGCGUUUUGCGAAUUAGGUACAAUAUUUCCACUGGUGAUUAUGACGGGUGGAACUCAUCAGUAAACAGCUCUGUGAAUGGAAUAAAGCUUGACGUCGGAGAGAAGUACGGAAUGAACAAAACAGUGGCAGCCCAAAGAGGUUACGUUUACAAACAGAAGCCUGAAGUAAAGCUAUUCCCGUCUUUUGAUUUGAAGCUCAGAUUAGCAAUCAAUACAAAUCAGCACGGCCGAGUUUUUCAAGACAGGUCCCAUACAUUCGCAGUACGUCCACGGCCAUCUGAUCUGGAAGGUGUCCAUAUUCACAAUUUAAAUGUUCGUGGGAAGCGCGGCAACAUUGUUCAAGUUUAUCCUGGUGUAGAGUACGACUUUUUUCCCAAUUCUAUGUUCGUGAAAGAUGGCGACUACAUCCACUUCCAGUGGACUGGUUCAAACACGAAGCCCAACAACAACGAUGGCCAGGGAAAAGCCGGAACAGACCGAUCAAACGUAGUCCUAUUGAAGGAGAACGAAUGGGGUAGAAAUUAUCCCCCACAUCUGGACAGUACUACCUUUUUAGGUCUGGAUAAGAACAGUCUGCAUAACCUGGCGGUCUUAGACAACAGUCAGUUUGGAGGUGAAAUGUCAGAGCUGGAUGAUGCCGGAACAUAUUUUGACUUGGGACCGAAGAAAGUGACGGGAAUAGGAACAUAUCAUUACAUGAGCACCAGAAACAACAACUUUUCAAAUCGCAGCCAGAAAGGAAAGAUUAUUAUUUCAAACACAGAGCGAAUCGAUAAAAUGAUCGGCAGAAGAGGCGGGAAGCUAGCCUUUCACGAUGGUCAGCACGUGACCUUUGGAGCAGAGGCUCUCUCUGAGCUACAGCCAAUCAGCGUCGAACUAAUGUCGGCAGAAGAUGGUGACAAAAUGAUUAAGGAGAAAGGGGGUCGAAUGGGUGUUGGUAGUGGGUAUGCCAGCGCCUUUGUAAUAGUGAACCCACACUCAUUAGAGACGAACAAAAAGUUCAAAAUAGGAAUGAAGAUUGAUCCCAGUGCGGCGUCUAAAGUACAGUUUUAUCGUUCCUCCGACGAUAUGGAUCUAAACACUUGGUACAAAGUGGACUCGACCAAUUCAGACGACUUUGCUACAGUAGAGACAGAUAAAGGUGGAAUCUACGUGGCACGAACCGUGCCUGACAAAGCCGCCAUAGCCGGGAUAGUGAUCACGUGUCUUGUUAUCGUGAUUGCGAUUGGUGGAUCAGUAUUUUACUUCAGACGUCACCCAGACAAAUGGCAGAAUCUUAAGAAAUCUGAUGUGAAUGGAUGUCGCUCGUGCAAAGGCAAAGUUUGAUCAAAUAUCAGAUUAGAAGAAGUUAGUAAACUGUUUUUGCGUCAUAAAAAAAUUCGGGAUUAACGCUGUCGUUUGCAAUCUGUGAAAAUAUUUUCCAUUCAUUCAUUGCCACCCGUGUUCCAUUUUUGUUAAUCUUUCUUAAGCUUUCAAGCAGGCCUUACAGGAAGACUUGAGACCGGUCGGGGAGAAGUUUGCCGGGGAUCUGGCACUAAUUGUUAGUACUAGACCCAGGCCUCAUACUUUCCCUUAAGCAAAGAAACGCUAGAGCCAAAGCACUAAUAUUAAGGGGUUGCUUAUGGGCUAAUCCCUCCUCCAAACUGAUCUUUUACAGUUAACCUCUCGCUAGUCUCCUCCCCAGACCUUCCACGACCAGUUCCAGUUAAACAGUAGGAUCUGGGACGAGAUUAGCCUCUCUUUGAAUGAGGUUUUGUGUGUCUUUGAGGUGAAACGGCUCAAAAACUUGUUUGUGUAGCUUCUUUGCAGACUGAGAAGGAAAUAAUGCAAUGUAUGAAUGGAAAGUUUUCGAAUUUAUUUGGUUUUAAUUCUUACUGAUGGAAUUUAAAAAAAAAUUAUUUAAGUUUUAAAUGGUUAAAUAGAGAAUACAUAUUAGAAUUGAAAUAUUGAUAUAGAGUGCUUUAAAUUUUAGUGUACUAAAACACUCAAAGUUUACACACAACGUCCAAUCAGGAAGAAAAUAUCACAAGCUUGCGAAUAAAGAGUUUUGUGAACUUUUAGAGACGGGGAGCUUUUGUGCACAUGCGCUUGAUAUUUUGUCGCGUCUGCGCGAACUUUGUAAGCCACGUUCUGUUCACGUGCAAUAGCGUGGGCGGGCUCAAAAAAUGACAGCGUUAGAAUUUCGUCUGUCAUGCGUAAUAUUUUGACGUGGUCCCUGGUUGUCAGCGGUGGGUCAACAAAGUAUCAUUCAAAUGUUGCCAAGGUUCAUUUCAGAUUGAGAAAAACGCAAGGUUUAUCACCGUUUCGCUGUGAAUCCUUUACUUAAACAUUGCGAUUGUCAUAUGAUGUAAAUAUUAAAUCAACAGAUAAGUGUUGCGUAAAUUUAAUGUCAUUUUCGCAGAGAUUAACCUUUUGGUGAUAAUUAAAGAGGUUGCUGGUUCAACUUCCCUAAGUCAGUAUGAAAUUACAAUUUGUUAAUCGAAUUUUCAAGAUGUUUUAUAAGAUCUUACCCGGAUAAGUUUUUGUACUAUCAUUUGUUACUGUCAUUUGUAAUAAAAUGAUUGCAUUUUUUAGAAA